CCAGGCACUGCAGUCUGAGAAUUGUCCAAGGCAGUGGAGGGAGAGUUGCAGAUGAGAAUUAAACAUGGGUGUACUCUAUUUGCAUAUAACAGCUCUUCUGCCGUUGUUCGUUUUAAGAGGAUUCUGUGAGCAGAAGAUCAUUGGGGGGUAUGAGGUAACUCCCUACUCUAUCAAAUACCAGGCUUCCAUCCAGUUCCGAUCCUCACAUUACUGUGGUGGGACCUUGAUUCACCCCCAGUGGGUCCUGUCUGCAGCCCACUGUCUGCGGCCGGCCAAGUACCUCAGUGUGGUUCUAAGUGAACACUCUUUGGCAGAGAAUGAGGGCUUUGAGCAGGUGAUCAAUGUUUCUAGAGCUAUUGUUUAUAACUACUACAACCCAUCCACAUUCAACGGUGACAUCAUGCUGCUGAAGCUUGAACAGCCAGCUCAUCUUAAUGCCUAUGUUCAAACAGCCCCCCUUCCCGAGUAUUACAGUUCCAUCCCUCUAGGCACUGUGUGCACAGUGAGUGGAUGGGGGGUGACCUACGUCUACAGCUACACCCUGUCUGAUGACCUCCGAGCAGUCCAGGUCCCUGUGAUCUCUCCUAGCACCUGUAAUAUCAUGUACUUUGGGAAAAUCACAGAUAACAUGGUCUGUGCUGGAUCGUACACUGGAGGAAAAGACUCAUGUCAAGGGGACUCUGGGGGACCGUUGAUCUGUGAUGGUGUAAUUCAAGGCAUUGUUUCCUGGGGAAUAAGCUGUGCCAAUGCACGCUUCCCUGGGGUUUACACAAAGGUGGCCAACUAUGUGCCAUGGAUACAACUAGUAAUAGCAAACUACUGAGCAAGAGUGCCUGGUCCCAACAGCACCUGUGUGACGUCACAUUGCAGAGCUAAUUAGAGUGUUUUUAAUAUUUUUAAUAUUUCUUACAAUGUAAUCUCAAUCAUGUACACAACCCUACCAGCUGACAGUCUCCCUGAACAGAUAAAUGUCUUCUGAUAAAUAUACAUGUAAAUCAGGAAUGUUAAUAACUCAAUGCAGAAAGACUGGGCAGGACCUUUGUCCUGUUCUGGACAGUCUCCAUUGCAUGAGCCCAUUUCUCAAUGAAGAGCAAAGGCAGCCAAUAGUUCUGCAAUAUUCAUCAGUCUGAAUUGAGGGAAUGUUGUAUACAUAUGAUGAAAGUGUAUCAUAAUACUAUCAUUUUUGGGGUGGACAUUUAAAGGACAUUACUACUUGAAGAACUAGACAUGCAUAGGUUAUUACAUGAAUAUGUUAUUCUCAAUAGAUACAAGUCAGAAUCUCCUCGUACAUUUGACAUAUUUCACCAAGCGAAGCGAGCUGCCACUUUUACAUGCACAUGAAGAUUAGAAAGGAAAUACUGUAGAGCACUUUAGCCUCCCAGCCUAGCAGCUUCAUAAGUAUCAAUUCCAUAGAAUAUAACAUAUAUACAUCAGCUCAAUAGACUAAGGAGAAUGCGUCUCUUAAGGGCAUUUUUGUUUUAAGUAAGUAAAGGGCCAAGAUUGGUAAUAUUUUAAUGAGUUGGAUUAUUUAGAUACAUCUAUAACCCAUCUGCAGGCAGUCCCCAUUGUUAAUCCCAGAACAGUGCCCUCUAGUGGUACACACAAUUCUGCAGUAUUCAGGGACCUGACUUCCCUCAUAGAGGUUUAGCAGGGUAUAGCAUGGCUUUCAAAUGGGUAAUCAUGGUAUCUGUGCUUUACCACAGUCCCCACUGAUUUCCUAUGCUAUCCUGUGCGUUACCGUGUCUUCAUUAUGUUUCACUACACUUUGCUGUGCUUUAACCACUCUUCACUCUUGUAAGGGCUGAACUGAACACUCAUUGCUGUAAAUGUGUUUCCAGUUUGGUAGACAUGUUCCAUUAGUGGUUCCACUGUGAUGUGCUUAUGGGGCCCCUAUUAGAUGUUGCAAGUUGAAAAUGUUUUGGCUUAAACCUGUUGAAGUCCAACAGAUGUCUGUAAAGUCCCACUGAUAAGAGCCAUUAGAUGGAUGUUAACUUCUUAAUUCUUCUCUACAGAUUUGAUUCAGAAUGUAUGGCUCUGUAUAAUGUAUGUAUAAUCAGCUGCUCAGUCUCGCAACAAUUGUAUUGAUCUGAUUGGUGUUUGGAAAACAUUUCUUCAAAUAUAAACCUGUGGGAAGUGGCUAAAAUAAUCAAUACAUAAGUCAUAUUAAAAGUGUACCUUUUACCUUUGUUUGUAUUUAGUAGUUAAGUUAGUAGUUAUGUUCCUACGUCUGUAGUGAUACCUCGUACCUUUUAAAUA